GAAAGAAAGGACAGGAAGUUGGUAGUGAGCACAACCAGUGCAAAGAGGGAGCAUUUCCUUCUCCUCGGAGAGUGAGCUCAGGAGGAUGACCCAUCAGGGAGCAGUUCUGCAAGGUUACAACAAUGAACUGGUGAAGUCUAUUGAGGACCUGUGUGUGCAAAGAGAAGAACUGGACAAACAGAUCCGGCAAGCAGAAGAGGAGAAGAAUAAGCUCCAGGGUGAAAUUAAAAUGCUCACAAAACAACUGGGGCACGUUUGUGAAAGCUUGACCUGGAAAAAUGCUGCGUGCAAGGAACUCGAUAUGGUUCUUGCUGAAACAGAAGUGGCUUAUGAGAAGAUCUUGGAAAGUUCUAGGAUGCUGCUGAAUGUUCUGAAAAUAGAAACUGGGAAUUUGGACAAAAUUAUAGCACUAAAAAGUAAUGUGCCUGAGGGCAUUCAAACAUUUGGGCUCCCACAAACCCAACAUUAGGCUUGGUCAAAUGUUAUAUAAGAAAUAUUGCCCUUUGAUAAUCUUCUAUUGAUGUCUGGAUUAAUCUAUUUUCACCCAUAGUGCAUUUAAAAUCAAGGAAGCAAUAAACAAGUAAAAAUAAAAGUGUUUUUAAAUUAUCCUAAAAUCAUUGUAGACUUUGCAAGUACUAAACGUGGGGCCUACUAAUGUUCGCAUGUACUAAAUGUUGUCACUUGGUAUGUUUGUAAAUUUUUGCACAUAAGUGAGAACUAAAUGCAAUAGAUUUCACAUCAGCUUAGCUUUUGGGUCCUGAAUGACUUAUUUUCUUCAACGUUUUCCCCCUAAGUAAACUGCUUUUGAGAUUUUUAUUGUUGAAAAGCAGUAUGUAAAUAUUGUUAGAUAAAUAACAAAAAUGGUUAAACUGACACCUGAUCUCAGGUCUGAUCUUACAAUUUGCUACAUCAACAAAUCGUAAUUAUAAAAUAAAAUAGGGUUGUUCCUA